AUGCGCCAACGAAAGCGAACAAGCGAGAAACUGCACCCCGUCUACCGUGUUUUAUGUUGUAACCCUUUGAGAUGUGUAGUGACGACCGAGGCUGGCUCAAGGGUCCGCCUGCCGUCUAUUUAUAGAGUGCGCCGCGGCGAUGCUAUCGGCCCUCAGCCAUUCCUCGGCUUCGCACGAUCCCAACCCGCCCCUGUGCACCCCUCGCAUAACGUUCGCCCAAUAAAACAAAACAAACAAAAACUCCAUAUUAUAUUUGGACCAGCUAUUUAUAUCAUAUGUCCAUUGUUUCUGCUUCACUUCGGAUUCAUAGCCUCGGGUCGGACUAUUUUCGAACUCGGCGUACUAGUUAACUUGAUUAAAUUGAAUAGCAAUGAAUCAUUGGGUUUUGCAUUUAAAAUAAAAUGUAUAAUGCCUUUGGUAUGGAAGAUUUAUAAUAGGUUGGAUGUUGAUGGUGAUGAAUGUCGUUGUGGCCCGUGGCGCGGACUCAGCACGCUAGGAGCUCAUCCGUAUGCCGGGCGCGGAGGCUGCUUCCUGCGACCUGCGAGGGAAGCAGCCCACCUUCACGAACGGCUUCCGACGACAGGAGAUCGUUUCAGAGCUCAAACGUCCGUCAGGAUUCGCCAGUCGGAGCCGACGAUUCUGUAUUCCUCGUCGACACCGGACACAGGGCGAGUUAUUUACGAUGGCUGCGAGACAAUCGCCCGGUCGCUGGGCUUAUCCGGUGCCGUCGACGUGGUGCCAAUAAAAUGA